CACUAUAGUUCCUAUUUAUAUGAUGCAGUUUUCAUCUAUGCUCUCUUGGUAAAAAAAUGUUUAACAAGUCAACUGGAUUUCAGAAAUGGGAGCUUGAUGUUGGAAAUUGCCCGAAAUAUAACAUUUAUAAGUGAUGCCAUUAUGAGCCCUGUCCAAUUUGAUUCAAAUGCUGAUAGAAUGCCAGUUUAUAUGAUUUGGGAUUAUACAUCUCCAACUGGUAUAGGAAGAUUGGUAGCUAUUGAAGAAUUGUCAUACUCAGAGAAAUAUAUAAAAAUGGUAGCACCAUUUAAAUGGUUCACAAAAGAUGGAAAGCCACCUGCAGACGUUCCUGAAUGUGGAUUUGAUGGCAGUCUUUGCAUCUAUGACAACUCACAAUCCAUUGCCGGAGGAGUGCUUGGUUCAUUAGUAUUGGUUUCCAUUAUUAUAGCAGCUUUUUAUUACGGUAUUAAGAAAAAAAUCUUUGAAGAAGAACUUACAAAAGUUUCUUGGAAAAUAAAUUUCAAUGAUGUAAAAAUUCUAUCAAAACCUCCAGGAAGUCAGACUAGUUCAAAAACCAUGGGCAGUGAUAGUGUUGGUUCUAGUGUAUCUAGUAACAUUCAACAAGUUAUGAACAGUUCCAAUAUUGGACAAUACCAGUUCAAUCUUGUCUACAUAAAAAUGAUAACACGUUCUCAUAUUGUCCUCACCAGAGAGGACAUGAUUGAGCUCAAACAGAUGCAUGGCUGGUCACAUGAAAACAUCAAUAACUUCCUUGGGGCAAGUGUUGAUCCUCCAAACAUGUGUGUCUUGUUUAAGUUUUGUACCAAAGGAAGCUUAAAGAACAUUCUUGAAAAUCCUGAUUUUAAAAUGGAUGCCAUGUUUGCCAUGUCUUUUGUGUGGGAUAUCAUUACAGGCAUGUUAUAUAUCCAUGAAUCCUUUCUGAAAUCUCAUGGCCGUCUGAAAAGCACAAAUUGUGUUGUUGACAGAAGGUGGGUUGUCAAAAUCACAGACUAUGGACCAAGUAUUUUACGACAGAAAUCAGACAUAGAAGUAGAAGACCACAAAGCAUUACUGUGGACAGCCCCAGAAAUACUAAGGGCACUGAAUCCCCCCAGCAGAGUAACACAGCAAGCAGAUAUCUACAGUUUCGCAAUUAUCCUACAUGAGAUAUGUUACCGACAAGGAACGUUUAAUGUCUCCAAUAUGAACUACAGAGAUAUAAUUGGCCGUGUCAGAAAUGGAGAAUCAAUACCAUUCCGUCCCACUCUCAAUACAGAAAUCGGUUCCAUAAACGACCCUGACCAUGUUUUGAAGAAUUUGAUGGAAAUUUGUUGGGCUGAAGAUCCAAAUCAAAGACCAGAUUUUAUAACCAUCAAAUCUUACUUGAAAAGUCACACUAAAGAAGUUACAGGAAAUAUUAUGGAUAACGUCCUUAAAAAAAUGGACCGCUACACAUCAAACCUGGAGACAAUGGUUGAACAGAGAACUCAGGCUUUGGAAGAAGAGAAAAAGAAGACAGAAAACCUGUUGUAUCAGUUAUUACCAAGGUGGAAAUUAUUGGUGACGCUUAUUUAG